AUUUGUCCCCCUCUCUCUCUCACUGUGUCGAGUGACUGAGUCAGCUGGGUGUCCGAUUGCAGCUAUGCUUUCCAAAACGCGGUCAAUCUCUUCCUAUCUGCACACCCGCAAACCCACUCUCACACCCAGCACCCACCCAGCAACCCACCUCCAAUCCCAAUCAAUCUCGAGCCUCAAAGUCGUAUGGCGCAAGGACCAGAAGCUGGACCAGGCAAUCGAAAACGACAAGCCCUACAAGCUCUGCGCCCGCGUCGUCAAGGAGGUCCACAACGAACCGGGUCGGGUCAUCCCGCUCCGGUACCUCGAAAAUCGGCGAGAGAGGCUGCGGCUCAACAUCAAAGUCAAGACCUUUCUUAGGAGAAACCCAGGUUUGUUUGAUGUUUACUAUGAUAGGAUUAAACCCAAAUCGGAACCGGUUCAGUUUCUUCGAUUUAGCGAUAGGUUAAGGAUGUUUCUCGAGGAGGAGGAGAGGAUUUUUAAGGAAAAUGAGCCGUUGAUUGUGUCUAAAUUGUGUAAAUUGCUGAUGAUGUGUAGGGAUAGGGUUGUUAGUGUUGAUAAAUUGGUUCAUGUGAAGAGGGAAUUCGGGUUUCCGAACGAUUUCUUGGUUAGCUUGGUGCCCAAGUAUCCGCAGUAUUUUCGGAUACUUGGGUGCCCCGGAGAGGAGAAUUGUUAUCUGGAAUUGGUUUCGUGGAACCCCGAGUUUGCGAAAUCAGUGAUUGAGAGGAGGGCAGAAGAGGAGUCGAAUUUGACAGGGAUUCGGGUUCGGCCUAAUUUUAACUAUAGGCUGCCAUCAGGAUUUUUCUUGAAGAAGGAAAUGAGGGAGUGGGUUAGGGAUUGGGUGGAAAUGGAUUACAUUUCUCCGUAUGAGGAUGUAUCGAAAUUGGAUCAAGCUUCGCAGGAAAUGGAGAAGAGGACGGUUGGAGUUUUUCAUGAGUUGUUGUCGUUGUCUUUAUUUAAGAGGAUUCCUGUGCCGAUAUUGGGGAAAUUUAGUGACGAGUAUAGAUUUUCGAAUGCAUUCUCGAAUGCCUUCACAAGGCACGCGGGGAUAUUCUAUCUGUCGUUGAAGGGAGGGAUUAAGACGGCGGUGCUGAGGGAAGCGUACAAGGAUGAUCAGUUGAUUGACCGGGAUCCAUUGCUAGAGAUAAAGGACAAGUUUGCAGAGCUAUUGGAGGAGGGAUGGAGGGGGAGACGAGAGCAGUUGCGGUUGCAAAGGGAAGAGGUUGAGAAGGACAAGGAGAUGAUGACAGGGCAAUGACACGUCAGAUUGUCUUGGCAGUGGUAGAAAGUUUGGUAGGAGCAAGGUCGGUUGUGGAAACACCAUUUGGGAGAGUUUGCACUUCACCUAACACAAACAGAGUCUUCACACCAAAUGAAUGGGAAUCAGUAAACCAUUCAGAACCUGAAGCUCAUUCCCUUGGUAAUCUCCAUUACUUUUUUAAUUAGUAUAAUUGUUAUAAUUAUUACCCACAAAGAGAGCCUAACAACUAAGAAAACAAGAACCUUAUGAAACCACAACAGUGUAUAAAUAGACGGAUUAGCCGAAAACACCUAAAAACCAUCCAUAUUUCUUCUCUUUCACAUCACAUGUGAUAGCAGAAGAAGAAGAUAGCUGAAAUGGUCAUGGAGAGAGUCAAGAUUCUUACUUUAACCUUGUUUGCAGCUUCCCUACUCUACCUGCCGAAGAUGGAGGCGCAGCCUCUAUUCCCACCUGUCCGCCCUCUCUGUAGAUCACAGUUUGCCCUUGCUAACUAUGCUUGCUCGAUACUCCCCUUUACUCCGAUGCCCCUGCCAACACCCCCCUCUCCUCCUCCCCCUUCUCCUCCCAAUGAUGAUGGACAGGAAGAGCAACAUGGCCAUGGACACGGACAUGAUCACGGGCAUAGACAUGUCCAUCAUAGGCACAGGCAUCAUGUGCAUGAUUCCAUACCUGCAGAAGAUAAUUGUUGUAGGUGGUUAACCCAGCUGGAUAAUCAAUGUGUGUGUGAGCUGCUGGCUCACCUGCCUAACUUCCUCGUUAGGCCUGCUCAUGUGUACUCUGUGGUUAUCGGAGAAACUUGCACCGUUACCUACACGUGCGGAACCCCGGUCAGGAUAAAGAUAUGAAGAAUAAAGCGUAAUUACUUAACAGCGUACGAAAAUUUUUAUUUACACUCCUUGUUUAUAUUUGGUGUUACAUGAGGUUGGGUGUUGUUUAUUUAACUGCUCAUUAUGUUUUCAUUCCAAUUCAUAAAACUUGCGAUUGAAUUAGACUUUACUAAAGUUGUAUCACAUUUGAUGAAUAUAUAUUUUCCACUAUUAAAACUCGACGGCCAAUCCAAACCAAUCCAAUUAUAUGAAAUGGAUUGGAUUGGUUUGGAUUGAAAAUCCACAAUCCGAUCUAUCUUGGAUCGGUCAGAUGUGGAUUGGCUAGAUUUUUUGAA